AUGCCACAGCAGACGGUAGGGAACAGUGUUUGUCGGUUUGCAUGUUGUUUCUACAAAGAGAUUUCUUCUCGUGAAAACAGUGGGAAUGUUUUCUUCUCUCCUUUGAGCAUCUCUACUGCCUUGGCAAUGCUGACACUGGGUGCCAGAUCAGAUACUCUGACACAGAUUCUUAGGGUCCUUAGUUUUAACCCCCGUGAGAUUUCUGAAAAUGAAAUACAUGAAGGUUAUCGUCAACUCAUUCAAAUGGUAAACAGAAAGAAUGAGGGGUUACAGCUGAAUAUGGGAAACGUCCUGUUUGUUCUUGACCGACUGAAGCCACAAGAAAAAUUUUUAAGUAAUCUCAGAAACUUCUAUGAAGGAGAAGCUUAUCCUAUGAACUUCAAGAGGGCUGAUCAAGCCCAGAUAAAGAUCAACGAAUAUGUAGCAGAACGAACCAAUGGGAAAAUCAAGGACCUCAUAAAUAACCUUGAUCCACUGACUGAAAUUCUCCUUAUUAGCUAUAUUUAUUUUAACGCUGAAUGGGAAAAACCUUUCGAUCCAAAAUACACUAAAAAGAACAAAUUCUUUGUGGAUGGGAACAAGGCUGUUGAAGUCCCAAUGAUGUUUGGAAUGGGCCUGUUCAAGCACGGCUAUGAUGAACAGCUGUCCUCCACUGUGGUGCAAAUGGAUUACAAAGGAGGUGCUUCAGCAUUUUUUAUUCUGCCUGAUCCAGGAAAAAUGGGGAAGCUGGAGAAAAGAUUGUCUUGUGAACGUAUGUCAAGGUGGAGAUCACUAGUCUCAAAAAGCUCAGCAAAUUUGUAUCUUCCAAAAUUCACUCUUUAUGGGACAUACGACCUAAAAAAUAUGUUAUAUAAAAUGGGCAUCAUGGAUGUAUUCACUGAUAAGGCUGACCUGUCUGGGAUCACCGGGCAGCCCCAGCACAGAAUUUCCCAGGCUAUUCAUAAGGCUGUGGUAAAGGUGGAUGAGACUGGCACUGAAGCAGCAGCUGCCACAGGCAUGGAAAUAGUGCCUAUGUCAGUUCCAAUUACCAUUACAUUUAACAGGCCCUUCAUAAUGGUCAUAAUCAUGGAGAACAACAUACUCUUCAUGGGAAAAAUUGUGAACCCUCUGUUUGAAAAGAAGAUGAAGUAUCUCCUGUGCCUGUGUUUACUGCUUUCUGUUCUUUGUACCAUAACCCAUUGCCACCAUGAAGACAAUUGCCAUGAAGUCAAUACUAAUCUGCACGACGGCACAGAAAAUUUAGUAGCACAUCACUGUGACAAGCAAGGCUCUAACUAUGCAGAUUUUGUAUUUAGAUUUUACAAGCAGGCUAUAUUAAAAGAAACUGAUAAAAAUGUUUUCUUUUCUCCCAUGAGCAUCUCCACUGCCUUUGUUGUGCUGGCUGUUGGUGCUAAGUCAACCACCCUGUCUCAGAUUUUUGAAGGACUGGGCUUUGAUGGUCUGACUGAGACUCGCGUACAUGAUAUACAUGAAAGUUUUCACAAAGUUUUAGCAGUACUAAACUGUACUGAUGUUAACAUCAUAUUAAAUAUAGGGAAUGCCCUUUUUACAGCUAUUGGAUAUGAACCAGAGGAGUCAUUUUUACAAAAUACCAAACAAUUUUAUGAUGCAGAAUUUUUUUCUAGCAAUUUCCAAAAACCAGAAGAAGCUAAGAAGCAAAUCAAUAGAUAUGUAAAGGAGAAAACCAAGGGGAAAAUUCCUGAAUUAAUUGAUCAUCUUGAUGCAAGUACUGUAUUGGUUCUUGUUAACUACAUUUAUUUUAAAGCUGCCUGGGAAAAGUCUUUCGAUCCUUUGCAUACAUAUGAGGAUGACUUUUUUGUGAACACAAAUAUAUCUGUUAGAGUCAACAUGAUGCAGCGUGACAGUGACUAUGACAGUUACUACGACCAGGAUCUGUCUUGCGAAGUGGUAGAGCUGCCUUACCAGGGCACUGCACGAGCCUUGCUCAUUCUGCCUGAUGAUGGAAAGAUGAAGCAAGUGGAACAUGCUCUCUCCAAGGAAACUGUUUGCAAAUGGGAUAACAAACUUGUGAGCAGGAGAUUAGAUCUGCACUUACCAAAGACAUCUAUUAGUGGCUCUUACGAUGUUAAAAACCUGUUCAAGGAAAUGGGCAUAACUGAAGUAUUCUCUAGUAAUGCUGAUCUGUCUGGAAUUAGUGGCAGCCGUAAUCUUCAGGUUUCACAAGCAAUUCACAAGGCCCUGCUGGAAUUUGAUGAGGCUGGAACUGAAGCUGCAGGAGCCACAGGCAUAGUCCUUAACAGAGUUCUCCUUCCUUCGGCUACCAUCAAAUUCAACAGGCCCUUCAUUAUAUUGAUUUCUGACAAAACAACUGGCACCACACUUUUCAUGGGGAAAAUUGUCAACCCUUCUAAGAAGUAA